AUGGGAGGCAUAUGCGAUGCAUCUUGUGUACAAGUCAAAAAUAUGAUGAUGAAAUGGGAGAGAAGUGUGCCUGGGAUCUUCGACGUGCGCGGCCGGCAGUACGGCCAGGCCAAGAUGUGGUCGUCCCCGAAGGCGUUUGGCAAGCGCGCCUACUUCCGCACGGCGUCGACGCCCGCGCAGCUGCUGGUGGAGGACGUGAAGCUGGCGGACGAGGGUGUGUACCGCUGCCGCGUCGACUUCCGAAACUCGCCCACGCGCAACCAGAAGAUCAACCUCACAGUGAUUGAGGCGAUAGAAGAUGUCGAAGGCAAUGAGGCCGAGAAGCAGCAAAGGUGA